GAGCACUCAGUGCGCGGCGCUGCUCCGGACUCCACCUGACUUUACCGUCCUCCCCAUGAACGUGACCCUCCGGAUGCACCAUCCCAUCAUCCCUUUCGGCACGUGUCCAUAAAAGGUGUGCGUGAGGUCGCAGCAUGCAUUCGGUCCUCGCAGAGAUGUUGGACCCCCAUCCCCCGUCUAAACAUGCCUCGCCCCUCCCCCCGCGGCCCCCCUCCAACUCGCGCCCCCCCGCCCGUGUGACCACGGCCAAGCGGAUCACCUUCUACAAAAGCGGCGACAGCCGGUUCGGGGGCGUCAGGAUGGCCGUCCACAAGCGCAGCUUCAAAUGCUUCGACGCCCUGCUGGACGACCUUUCCCAAAAGGUGCCUCUGCCGUUUGGCGUGCGGACCGUGACCACUCCCCGCGGCAUCCACGCCAUCAAGCGCCUGGAGCAGCUGCAGGACGGCGGCUGCUAUCUCUGCUCCGACCGGCGCCGCGCCAAGCCGGUCAACAUGGAGCUGGCGGGCAAGCGUCCGAGCGCCUGGCACCACGGCAGCCGGAGGCCCCGGCGGCCCGAGUCCUCGUCCGCAACGCCGCCCGGCCAUUCCUCUCGCAGCCGGCGACGGGUCCUGCUGGUGAAGAACGGCGAGCCGGGAAUGAGGAGGAACGUGGUGCUCGGCAGGAGGGCCACCAGGAGCCUGAGGGCCUUUCUCGACGAGGCGUCCGAGGCGAUGCGGUUUCAUGUCCGCAAGCUCUACACUGCCGAGGGGCGCAGGAUCGACAGCGUGCAAAGCCUCGCGGCGUGUCCCGGUGUGCUGGUGUGUGUCGGUCGGGAAGCUUUCAGCCCUGCGCUGGUGAACUUUAUCAGGAGGAGUUCAGAGGAAAAACUGCCCGGUCUGGGCAGCAGGUCUCCUGGGAAUGGGGCCCGAUCUCCUGCUGCUCAAGAAGCGAGAUCGCCACCUCGCGGGCCUCAGUCCAGAGCCAGCGAGCACAGCGACGGGCCCGAAGGCAAGAAGAACGUAAACUUCGGUCUGGAAACCAAAAAAAGCAUCAUCCACCCUCGAUCCGAUUCCUCAAACCGCUCGGCCCGUUUCUCCUCGUCUUCAGAGAAGUCGUACGGCAACGGCGUCGGCGCCUCCUCCCGCGCCAGGCCGGCUCUUAUGAACGACGACAUUGAAAAGCGGGUCCUGGUCAACAAAGACGGCAGCCUCUCGGUCGAGAUGAGGGUGCGUUUUCGCCUCCACAAUGACCAGACCAUCCAGUGGUCGACACAAGUAAAGGAAUCCCCAUCUCUGACGCACGGAUGCCCCCUGAGCCAGGCCCAGCCCCACGACCUGCAGCAGGGCCAAUCAGAGAGCUGCUCCGACCCUGAAGGCGGGGACUAUUCCAGCCAACGCCAGCAGCGUGUGUUGGAGGGGAACAAUUGCCCCUGCUGCUCCCAGAGGCUGGAGCAGCAGUACGACUUGUGGGAGAACCCGGCCCACCGCCUCAGAAAGCCUCCCGCCCCUCCCCCACAUGCAUCCAGCCGCACACACACUGCGACGAGACACACACACUCUUCCUGUCGCGGUGGAGCAGCCGAGUCGCAUUCGACAGCCGGAGCGGAGGAGACGGAUCGAGCUCCGAGCUCCAGGUCCAAAACGAGCAGAGCCUCCUGGAGGUCCAGCAAAGCCAGUGUCGCAAACUCAGAGGAAGAGGAGGCUGCAGAUGAUGAAGAUGUAAAGAGGGUUCUCAGCAGCUUGUCUGGUCACACAGAACUUUCUCUGCAGUCAAGUAGUGUCUGUCUUGAGGUCAACUCAAACAGUGGAGCGUCGCAGAAGUCCCAUCUUUCCAAACGAGCCUCUCCGAAGCGCUCGACUCCUCUCUCCAGCCAGGAGAUCGGCAGGGAUAGUGUGGACGAUGGCUCCGGAGGGUCGGUCUGGUCAACGCAAUCGAACGGGACCAACCUCACCAACAAUGGCCGCUGCUCUGCAUCAUCCGACGUCCCGACGGGAAGCGCGCUGAGUGAGGAGAUUCCGAGGGAGGCCGAGGGAGAGAACACUGUGGGGAGAGCAAGGAGCUCGUUGUCAGGCAAAUCUAGUGCUUCGGCGAAGACCGUUGUUUCAGUCAAGAUCAGAACUGAGGAGGAUGCCCCUAUUGAAAGAAGACCUGAUAGCGUCCCGUCUGCUAAAUCAAAUGGGUCAGCGAAGUCGGGCACAUCUCACAAGUCCACUUGCAGUCACUGUGCGAGUGCAUUAUCUCCAGCUGAUGAACCCAAAGCAACUGGACAGGAGGAAGGAAUUGAGGCAAAGGAGCGAGCGGCGAGUGUCAAGUCAGCCAAAUCCCACAAGUCCACCAAAGCUCCAGAAAGGUCCCUUUCUCCCAGGUCUGGAACUGGAGAAGUCGGAGAAGGAAGGGCAGCGAGUCAAAGGUCUGGCAGAUCGGUCAGGUCUCCAAUGUCAUGUGAGACUAACAAUGACAUUGUGGGAUUGCCAAGCUCUAAGGAAACUGAGAUGCCUGAAGAUGAGCAGCACAGGUGUGAAAGUGUCACGUCUGCUCGAUCGGCCUCCUCUGCCAAGUCCGGCCGCACAAAUACUCCAGCCGAAGACACGGCGAAGACCGGCGACAGAAGCCUCAGCGCCACGUCGGAGAAAUCGCACACCUCUGUGAAGUCCACCAAGUCACAGAAGUCGAACCGCACCACAGCAGCUAAGACUGAUGUUGAAACGGCAGAUGACAAUGUUGUGGAGGUCAAUGCACCACAAAGCAAAUCUCAGGGCCAAAUGCUCUCACCCAGGAGUGCAUGUCCCUCGAGGACCAAGUCACCCAAAGGGCAGAAGGUGUUGCCGGGCCCCAGUGAUGGAGAGACAAGAGGGCCCAGUGCCUUGUCGGUUACCUCCAGGAAUUCAGGAGAUGACGUCACUGAAAAUCAGGCCAUCGGUCGACCAGCUGGCGAGGCCAACGGGAAAGAGGAGAUGGCGGACGACAAGAGUCCCUGUGGUCUCAGGCCUGAGAGCAAAGGAGAGGAUUCAGUCAAAGAGCACAAGGCCAAAUCCAGUCGCAGUGUCAAAACGUCCAGUUCCCAAAAGAAAGAAAUGAAAUCCUCCAGCCCCCGUCCCGCCCACAGCCCCAGACCAGGCAGCAGAGUGGAGGCGCCCAGUGAGGGCACCCCGUCUCCAUCUCUGUCCGCCGCCGACACGCUGAAGGAAACCUCGGCUGCUGCGCGGCCACACGGCCGACAACCGAAGGCCGGUGCGAAGGCCACGCCGAAGGAGCGUGCAAAGAGCAGGAACCGGGCGGAUCCGGAGGCGUUGGAUCCGCCGCCCGCCCGUCUGCCCGACGCCUCCCCCAACGAGGUCGUCGGCGACUGGCUGCGGAGCAUUCCCGCCAACAGCGGCGUGCUGGCGCUUGGCGAUGAGGUGGUGGAAGAGAAACCCGGAGAGGAAAAAGCAAAGGAGGAAGAGGCUCCGGAGAGAGUUGAGGAGCAGGAGACGGCGGAGGCCAAAGAGGGAGAAGAGGAAGAUGAGGGAGCAGAGGAGGAGCAGAGUUCAGCUGACGCAGACGCCCCGUCUUCCCGCCCCAAUGACACUCUGCCCAGGAACGCGUGUUCUUCAGCCGCAGUCAUGAAGGUUCUCCUGAGCUCGUCUCUGGGUCGAUGUCGGAGCAUGCCGGAGGCGUCUCCGGUUUAUGGGCGGAGACUGAGCACAUCAGCCAGGGGCCUCUUGGACUGUUUGGCCCAGCUCAUCGAGCCAGCAUUAAGACCUGGCUUUGACCUGAAGAAGGACCAGCACUAUGAGGACAUCAUAGCCACCCUUCAGUCCCUCUGGCUCACUGAACCCAGGAACACUGAGAAAGAGGAGGCCACGGGAGCCAGGGAGGCCAAGGGCGUCGGCACAGAGCAGGUGUCUCCGCCGAGGUCCUCGUCCGGGGUGGGAAUGAGCAGCGGCUCUGGUGGAUCGGGGAAGGAGAAGGGAAACCCACCUGGAGGUGAACCGACGCCAAGCAAAACAACAGAGACCUCUUUACAUGACGGGGCAGCGGAGAAGGUGGUGGAGGAGGAACAAAGUACGGUCCCUCCGAGUCUGGAGAGCCCAAAAGCCCCCGACCCCUCGUCGUCGGAAAAGAGCUCCGCCACCGACCGCGAGACGGCGGAUGACUCCAGCUCCGCCGCGCCCCCGACCGCCCUGCGAGCACCCGUGUCCAAAAGACAGUCCCAAGACCCCGAUCCCGCGUGGGUCCUGCACCUCCUGAAGGAGCUGGAGAAGCAGAUCAUGAGCCACUACGUCAGCGCCAUGACGGAGUUCAAAGUCCGCUGGGACCUGGCCGACAGCGUCGUGCUGAACACCGUGAGGGACGAGCUGAGGGACGAGCUGAGCCGACGCAUCCAGAGCAGCGUGGAUCGCGAGGUAAAGAAGAUUCAGGGUCGCGCCGGCAGAGGGGGGAGGUUCCCCCGGCCGCCGCCACGAGGGAACCUCUCCGGGGAGUCCACCGUGACGGACAACAGGCGGCGGAGACUGAAGGUCAUGAAAAAACAGCCGUUGAUAACGGCCGAGUGCCUGAGCGACGACGACACGCCGGACGAGUUCAGCGACCGGCGGAGCGACGACGAGUACUGCCCCUGCGACGCUUGCGUCCGCAAGAAAAUGGACGCCCGGCCUUUCAAACCGAAUCCGCUGGCGUCCGAAGCUCCAGUGGUGAUGGAGUUUGACCUCCUUAAGAUACUGCAGCUGAGGAAAGACCCCGCGACUGUGCACGCACAACCCGCGGCGGGGGGAGGUGAUAGCAAUGUCGCAGACGAGGAGGGGAGGAGUUUAGAGGUACUGCAGGAGGAGGAGGAAGAUCAAACUAAAGAGGAUAUCAAAGCUCACAUUGUUUUAGAGGAGACGAUCCCAGAGGAAGAUGAGGAAUUGGCGAAAGAAGAGGACGGGGAAGAGGCGGGAGAAAAGGAGGCGAAAAGUAGCGCAAGUGAUGAAGCAGGGGAGGAGAUGGCGAAAAAUGGUGAUGAAGAGGAGGAGGCAGAAUGCCACUGCCAGCGUGAUAUAAAUGAAGAGGGAGAGGAGGAAACGGCGGGAGAAGAUGCUGAGAAAAUUAACGACAACACGGGGCCGGGGGGUGACCGCCACUGAGGGAGAGGAGGCCGACCGCGAAGACUUGGACACCGACGGCAAACGUCCGAGCGACACCAGCGUCGACGACUCGGGAAGCGAGGGGGCCGAAACCACGGGGGGGCAGGAGGAGGAAGAGGUACGCAAGAGGAAGGCCGGCGCUCUCCUCCAUCAGUUCACCAGGAGCUCCGUGGAGUCCCAGCAUGGCUCCCACCACCACCCGGAGAGCGCCAUUGAAGUGCCCAAACUGGCCACCAGUGGUGGCAGCGCAGGUCCGAGGAGGAGCCGCUCGCCGGGCCGGGUGCAGCGGCGCCGACCCAAAGACACCGACGGCGAGCUGGAUGACUUUUAACCCAAACUCGUAGAAUGACGUAGGCUAAAGAACUGCGACCACGAACUCCAACACUCGAAGCACUUUAUCCUUCCAGAGCCGGCAUAGAAUCUUGAAGCCACCACUGUAUCCUAUUUAACUAUAUUUAUAUAUUUCUUAAGGUAAUUGUACAUACCAAGGGAUAUGUCUAUUUAUGUAUUGCAUGUGUAUGAAGAAGGUAUAUUUUUUAAACAAGCUAAAUAAGUUGAGACCAGCGGGUGUAUCAUGUGACCACAGGUUUAUAGCCAUGAAUGUACCUCAGAGAUGUGUUUUAACUGCCUGUUUCUGUCGUGUAUCGAUGCUCUCCGUUCAGUUCCUCGUCUCGUUUCCUUCUCUGGGGUCUGGAAGGUCAUCUCCUCGCUCUUACUCAACUAUCAGCUGAAACCCGUUUUUUCAUCGACUAAAGCUCUGUGAUGUAACCUGAUUAUCUGAAAGGAACUGUGUGACAUUUUUGAGCCCGAGCGGAUCGAUAUACCUCUCAGGUCUGUAGCUAAAGCCAGGAGACGGUUAGCGUAGCUUAGCACAAAGACUGGAAGCGGGGGAGACAGCUAGCCUGGUGCUUGAGCUGUACUUUAAAGUCACGUUCCACCCCAAAAUGGACAGAAAGGAAAAAUAUGUAUUUCUAAAUCGCGCAAACUGUAUUUUAGUAGCUUUAUUAUAAGAUGUAAAUACAGCAAUUAUACCUCAUUAUAUGUUAGAGACCAAUAAUUGUACGUACAUUUUUAUUCCCAGGUUUGAAGUUUGAAGAGGGAGAGCAUCUCUUUCUCUGCUGCUUUAAUAUAAGAGGUGUGCGUUUGCAAUGACCGGCAGUGUGAAACGACCGCGUGAAGCUGAUGCCUUACUGUAGCCAUGGUUACAUGGCGGUAAAUCGACAGAGGGGGGAAGAUCGUGAUGAGCUCUCUCUCAGAAAUUGUUGAAUUGGCUGGAAUGAAAAAUCAAAAUAUAUACUCGUAUGUAUCCUGUUUUUUGAGCUGACCUCCAGGCUCACUCCCUAACUGACAAAAUCCUCCUCUGUGUGGCACCGAGGGUGUGUGUGUGUGUGUGCCCAUGCUGCCAUCGGUCUGUCACCAAAGUGAGCAUCAUGUACCUCGAGCAAAUGACUGUGAUGAUGUUGACGUGAAUAAAGAAGGAAGGUGUUGUGCUC